CUACGAAGUGUGCCAGCACGGUUGCGUUCUUGAUGUUCGUGUCGGGAGAUCGCAAGGCGUCAUGAAUUUCAAGGGAAUGGGGCUGGAGGAGGAACCUCAGGUAUACCAAUGCAGGCGCGAAAUCUAUAAAGCCGCACCAACCCCUUUUCUUCCGGCGGCGGCAUGCAGGGUCAGAUCAAUGAAGGCAUAUGGGCUGCGUUUCAAACCUGUAUGCGCAGUAAAUGUUUAUACGCUCUUUUUAUAUUGAUCGGCCGCAAUCGCGCGCUCGGCCACGCCUUCUGCGCGACUGCUAGGACACGUUCCAUCGAGCGGCCUUUGCUUUGGACGUGGUUUUCUUGGUCACAGGUGUAGACCGGCCAGCCGAAAGACAGCAGCGGGAACCGAGGGUCUAUACGUUUGCCUCCUCUCGUGCUCUCGGAGAAUGAUGGCCUAUCCCGGCACGCAGGCGGAUUGGUACUACGAUGGCGCCGUUCGCCCUCGCAGGGGUAUCCACGAUGUCUGGGCAUCACAGAGCAGCCAGGUCCACGAGGCGGCCCUGGCACGUCGGCGGCGCCUGCUUCUGCGGUUCCGGCUGGCAGCGCGGCUGUGUCGUCUCAAGGCCCAUGAGAAGAAGCCCCUUGAGAAGCUGAAGGAGCUGUUCGCCGAGUCCACCACGGGCAUCGACCGGCUGGUGGUCAUCGAGAACCGCUGUCGCUUCUGGAUAUUCUGCACCGUGUACGUUGUCUUCUUCGUCGUCACAGUCAUCAGCAUCGGAAAAACGCUUCAGAACCACUUCGAAUACCGCGACAUCGUGUCCAUAUCGAUGACCGAAGGCAACAGCCUUCAACUGCCUGCUGUCACGUUCUGCAACCUGAACCCGCUCAGGAAAUCUGCUGUAUGCUCGCCCAACACGCUGGAUAUGAUCAACGGUACCAUAAGGAACAUCCUGUGUGACCAAGAAGGCCCCAUGGACAUUAACGCGGUACAUAACUUCACGACCGAGGAGUUGUACCCAUUUCUGAACGUCGCGCGGAAAUACAACAACAGCCAGACACUGCUCGCUCUUGGACACACUAAGCAGAGGAUGGUCCUGAACUGCACCGUCAAGGGAGAGAGCUGCCUCGACGACAGCAUGUACGAAACAACAACGAACCCCACCUUCGGACUGUGCUACUGCAUCUUCUGCUCAAACUUCAACGCCUCCAAGAUCUCCUAUCAAGCGAGCAACUUGCCGGUUGACGGCUUGACCCUGGUCCUGGACAUCGAGAGGGAAGAGUACCUGCGCUCCAGCAGCGAGAUGGGCAUGAUCGUAAUGGUGCACAGGCGCGGGGUAAGCCCAGACCCCAACGAAGACGGCAUGUACUUGUCUCCAUACAUGACCACCUACAUCGGCAUCGAAAUGAGGAUGAUGGAGCGCCUUCCUGCUCCAUACAAAGACCGUUGCGUCACCAUGUGGCCCGCAAUGUGGCAGAUGUACGUCGCACCAGACCAGACUUAUUUCCAGCAGAUGUGCUUCUCGGUAUGCUCGCAAGUUCUCAUCCUCAAAAAAUGCAAAUGCAUGAGCGAGGAACUUCCGCAGAUUCGCAAUGUCACGGGUUGGGCCAACGUAAUGUGCAGAAACGAAGAGCAAAGUAGAAUAUGCUCCGAAGAAAUUUUGGCGGACACAUCCUACCGAAGCCUCAAGAAAUGCGACUGCCCAUUGAAGUGCAGCCAAGAAAUUUACAAGACGUCCAUAUCAAGGACAGGUUGGGCUCAGAUCCUCCGGUCUCAUGGUAAAGAAAGCCAAUUACAAAGAAGAACACUGGUCAAGGCCGUUAUCUACUUCGAGUCGAUCAUCGUGGAAAAAAUCACGCAAGUUCCGGAGCUCAGCGACGCUACCACGUUGAGCAACGUCGGCGGCUUCAUGGGCAUGUACUUGGGCCUCUCCUUCUUGGUCAUCUUCGAGAUACUGGAGAUAUUCGUGCGCUGGUUCAUCUACCUCUACCAAAGGCGGCGCGCGUCGGUCGCACCGCAGCCAGCUGAGCCCACAGCGAGCGUUGCGGCGUGGCAGAGGCAUGCCAAUAAGGCCAUCCAGGCCUCCAAAGACAGCAAGGGCUGGAGCAAGCAACGGUCCAUUUGGGAUAUAUUGAAGGACCCCGGUGUGAACAGCGCCGCCGGCGGUCUCGUGGCGCUCAGGAGACCGUCCGGAGCACCGCAGUACGGCUACUUCGACUCGUCCGACUGGAAGAGCGCCGCCGACGAAGCGUUCGGACCGUUCAACCCACUCUUCCUACAUCGAAGUUUCAGGCCCAGGGCGUUCUACUAGCGAUGUUGGAGCCUAGCCCGUUUUCAAUGCGUUGAUUGUUUCACGGGAGUACACGUAGCUAUGCAUUAGCCAGCCUUGUAGCCUGUGGUGAUCUUGUAUUUUUUUAUUCUUGAAAGCUUCGUGCCAUUUUAAUAAACUUGAUUUUGAGUGUAUCUUUGACCAAAAAGUCAAGCAUAGACUUUGGAAAUCUUGUAUUUAUCGGUUCUUGAAAGUUUCAUGUCAUUUUAAUAAAUCUGAUUGUGGGUGCAUC